AUGGAAACAGAAACGGAGCACCAUAGAAACUUCUCAGUCGAUGACAACGACAGCCUCAUACCAGAGCCUAGCUCAACAAAAGAGAGCCUUCUCGAAGAUAUCUCUCUAAGCGGCCAAGUGAUGAAUCCAGAGCUAUCGAAUGCACGAGAAGUUCUCACAAAAGUUGAAUUGGAUUUCGCUUUCGUCUCUGAGAAGCUUGUGAAUCUGAGCCUUCUUACUAUGCAACUCGGCUCGAGGGAGCACGACUUUGAGUCCUCCUUUGUCUCUAUCAAAGAAGAAGAAGAAGAAGCUUCGAGUAAAGAUGAUGAGUCUGCUGAGAAGGCGUUGGAGUUUGAUCUCUUGUCUUCGAUUCUCGAUUCAGAGGUGAAGGAGCUUGAAUCGAUUCUCGGUUAUCUCCAGAACGAAAUCCAAAGUGCACGUGUCAUGAUUUCUCCGUUUCAACAUGAUGGAGAAGGAGAAGCUAUCUCGGAUUUGGAAGGGAAGCUGCAUGAUGCUGAACAAUCUUUGGGUCAGUUAAUAGACCAAGUGGUGGAAAUGAAGAAGCAAUCUUCAAACUUUCACACGUUAUCUUCUGGUUUGGAUGAACAUGGAAGCUGGCCUGGAGGGCAAAAUGCGGGAUCUCAAAGCGAUAGUGAGUUUGGUGAUCUGAGUGCUAAGAUCAAAAUGCAGACUGCUGAUCAGCAGAGGAACGUUUUGAGGAUGCUUGAGAAGUCUUUGGCUAAGGAGAUGGAACUUGAGAAGAAGCUAAGUGAGUCAAGAAAUUCUGAAUACGAGCUAAGGAUGAAGCUAUAUUCUUCCGAGCAGGAUGUUGUCUACAUGGAAGAAGUGAUCGAAGAUGCGUAUUUGAGGUGGCUUGAGGCAGAUAACGCUGCUGAAGUCUUCAAAGGGAUGUCAAAGAAGAUGUCUGGGAAACUCCAGAUCCUUCAGUUCAAUCUAAGCGGCUCUUUCAAGCGGGAAGGCAACUUGAAGUCUGAGCUCGUUGAUUCAAAGGAGCGUUUAGAAGCUAAGGAUUCUGCCUUGCACAAGCUUGAUAGCAGCAACGCAAGGCUCAACGACUUUUUUGUGGCACAAACAGAAGGCUUGAAAGAGAGUUUGAAAGAAGCCGAACAUAAUUAUAUUCUGUUGAGCACUGAGAAUUCCGCAUUAAGUGAAAAAGUUAGCUCCCUUGAGGAACAACUGAAUGAGUGUGGGGUUCAAGCAGAAGAUGUGGAAGAACAUAUCAACGAGGAACUGAAAGCAAGGGCUGAGGAAGCAGAAUCCAAAUGCAAACUAUUAGAAGAAGGGAAAAAGGAGCUUGAAGACGAGUUGGAGACUUUCAGAGCAAAAGGCUUCACUCUGGAGAAGUUAUCAUCGCUUGAGAAACACUUGAGGGACUCAGAUCUUCAGCUAGAACAUGCGGUUGCAGCUGUUGAAGCAAGUAAAGAAAAGCAGAGUCUGUUAUACUCUACUGUUUCUGAUAUGGAGGAUGUGAUCGAGGAUCUGAAAUCAAAAGUUUCAAAGGCUGAAAACAGGGCUGAUUACACUGAAGAGAAGCUGAUCACUGUAUCUGAGUCUAAUGCAGAUCUCAACGAUGAACUGAAAUUCUUCAAAGGUAGAUUGAAAGACAUGGAGAAGUAUUUGCAGCAAGCAGAAGAAAGGAAACUGCGAACGGCUAAAGAUAUCGGUGUACAUAACAAGAUCAUGAAAAAACUGGUCAUGCAGCUAGCUGCUGAACGAGAACGCCUUCAGAAACAGAUAACCAACUUGUCAAGAGAGAAUUGUGUGUUGAUGGUGAAGUUGAAGAAGAUUGGAAAGACAGGUUAUGUAGAGAGUGGAAAUGGAAGUGAAGUUUCACCAAAGUCUGACCAUCGAGAAAGUAAACCUGAAGGCAGCGUCACUUCAGUAACUAAUCUAGAGGAGGAAGAAACAGAGUUAAAGUCAGAUAUUGGAAGUGUAAGGAGAUUAGAUGUUGGAGCUCUUGGGUUCAAGAAAAUUCUCAUUGCAAUGUUCUUCAUCUUCUUAGCGUCGUCAAUGGCUUAUUUUAUAUCUCAACAAAACAUCCAAGAGUUUUAA